UUCUCUCUUUUGGCAAAGAGGAGGAGGAAAAGAAGGAGGAGAGGGGCGAAGAAUUUCUUUUUCACCCUACUUACAUCACAAAAAGCGAGGCUGUGGCAUUAAAUAGAUAAAUUAAAAACACGAACGGAGCUGGAAGAGAAAGAUGCUGCUGCAGAGAAAAAAAAUGCAGAGAGUGCAGCACUUUCGCCAAAGAGGGAACAUCGAUGAUUAAAACGACAGGGACAAAGUUCAUUUAAGGAGGGUUUUUCUACUUUCUACAGCUGCCAAACUUUGACGAAACAACGCCUGGACACCGGCAAAAACUCUGGGCUCCUACCAUGGAAGACUUGCCUAUGACUAUGGAAAAAUAACACAUUUUCCUCAGCUGGGAACUUUGGUACAAACAUUUGCUGCAAGUUUAGAUUCUUCUCUUGCCUGCUUCCAGAUGUGUCUUGUGAUGAAGACUCAGUCUGUCCAAAGUAACACAUUCAACCAACUCUAAAGUGGAGACAAGGAUCACUGUUAUUUUUAUUGUGGGAACUGUGGAUUUUUUUAGGUUUUGGUAUUUUGUUUUGGUUUAAAGCUAACACAGCUUCACGGAUUCGACGGCAUUACAGGACAUGGAUGGACAUAACGAAACAGAAUAACGGGAUGGUUUUAAUUUAUGAUAAUAGGAAGAAAUACUGAAGAUGUUGUUUCGAUAAAGUGGUUGGAAACUACAAAGGGAAGCCCAAUGAGUGUCACACAGUCAACACUCACUGACAGGACCCCAAACAUUCUCAACAACAAGGACCCCGGAGACAAGAAACCAAGAAAUGACAAAUCAGCUGUUUCAGUCAAACAUGAAUUUGAUCCAACAGGUCUGGUCCAGCGCUGUGUGAUAAUCCAGAGAGAUGAAAAUGGCUUCGGGCUGACGGUGAGCGGAGACAACCCUGUGUUUGUGCAGCUGGUCAAAGAAGAUGGAGCAGCCAUGCGAGCUGGUGUUCAGACAGGAGACCGGAUCAUAAAGGUCAAUGGGACCUUAGUCACACAUUCAAACCACAUUGAGGUUGUAAAGCUGAUAAAAUCCGGCUCGUAUGUAGCCCUCACCGUGCUGGGGAGGCCUCCUGGUCUCCCUCAGAUCCCCCUGGGGGAAGAGGAAGAGGACGAAGAGGAGGACCAGAAAAAGGCAGAGGAGGAGGAGAAGGAGAAGGAGGAGGAGGAUGAAGGUUCAGAGGUCAGCCCACCCCUCUGUCUCUCACCUGCGCUGCCUGGUGUAUGUGGAGAGCAACGCAGCUCAUGGAGCAGCAGCAGUCCUCAGGAGAACAGCACCUCCUCUCUGACUGAUGGGAGUGAGAACAGGUCCACUCACAACCAAAGGACUGACCACUCACAAAGGAUGUUGAACAAACAGCUGCUGGAAUUACAGAUGAAGGAGGAGGAGUGCAGCAGGCACCCACGACCGAAGCUACUGAAGGAGAUCCAGGAGAUAAAGAAGCAGAUCUCACUGCUACAGGAGCAGCUGGGCAAAGAGGAUGUGACCGUGUCCAGGAGUGGACAGCCGGAGGAUUUGGACGGUAGACUCUCAGUGACCUCACAAGCAGACAGUGUCGGUGACAGGAUCCUCACUAACAAUAACUCUCCCCUCCCAGAAAGUCCUGGCAGAAGAGAGACGCCCUGUCAGAGCCCAGACGUUGGACGAAGAGACAUAGUCAACCUCUGCUCGAUGCCUGACUCAGAGGACAACACUGAUACGGACUGCAGUGCCCAGUGCAUUGUGGGUAGCCCUCCCUACCUCCUGAACCCCCAGAUCAUUGGAGCAGAAGACGACUACUUUGACUGUCAGCAGGAGCAGAUUAACGGACAGUGCAGCUGUUUCCAGAGUUUAGAUUUGCUCAAGGGCCGACCGGCUCACCUCGCAGUUUUCCUCCAUCAUGUGGUCUCUCAGUUCGACCCUGCGCCGUUGCUGUGUUACCUCUACGCUGACAUGCACAAGCAAACCAAUGCCAAAGAAAGCAGACGCUUCUUCAUGGAGUUCCACUCUCUCUUCAUGGACCGAACUGCGAAUCUGAAAGUACCAGUGCCAGAGACAGUCUCAGCAGAACUAGAGAAGAGGAGACUGGAGUUAAUACCAGAGGAACUCUGCAAACACUACACUCAGGUUUUACAGGACGCUCUCCUACCAGACCUUCACAAGAACCUGGACGACUUCAGACAGAAGCGCAGUAUGGGUCUGACUCUGGCUGAGGACGAGCUGUCCAAACUGGACGUGGAUCCAGGUAGAGAGCAGUCGGCCUCAGAGAAGGAAUGUUCCUGCGCGGAACACAUCAUCUCCAAGAUCGAAGACAUUCUGUUGACAUCACUGCCCACAGAAGAAGAGAAGUGCCAAACCAUGCAGUAUGUGAUUCUCACAUAUAUGAAACAUCUGGGGGUUAAAGUCAAGGAGCCACGUGGACUCGAACAUAAACGAGCACGAAUCAACUUCCUGCCUAAGAUUAAGAAGAGCAUCAAGUCUGAGAAGGAGGGUGAGGAGAAGGUGAAGAAACCUCGCUUCCCCAAUAUCCUCGUCCCACCCAGGCGCCUAAGCAGAGUGGACUCCACUUCAGUCGGUAAGGCCAUGGACAUUAACAAGCAGCGCUCACCAAAGCAGUCCUCGCAGCCGGCCUUAGGGGCCCUGGAACAGUUGGACUCCUCUGCCGGGAAUUCUGGACGAGGCCGUGCAAGUCAGCUCAGCGAGAGCUCGGACACCGGCUCCCAUCUGUCACUCUCCGCCACCUCUCCCACCCACAGCUCCCCCACCACUCAGGCCUCAGAUACGAGUGGACAAGAAUCAGACUCAAAUGUGUCUCCAUUCCCCCUCCAGCCCAGACUGAGUGAGGGUCCACUGACUGGAGAGCAGCAGGAUAAUGUCUUCAGUCCCAUCAACGCUCAGUUUGACUUCAGUCCCUCCAACCUGGAGCAGCUGCAGGAGGAGGAUCAGGAGACGUUCAGCAGGGUGGACAUGCAGUGUGCAGUGACGUCAGCUGACAUCCAGAGUGAGGACGACCAGGGAGGGGAGGUGGAGUGUGAGGGAGAGCCACUGAACUGGCAGUGUCUGGUCAGCAGAGGUGUUCUGGAGAGUCUCACGCCGCAGGAGAUCAAACGGCAGGAGGUCAUUAACGAGCUGUUCUACACUGAGAGAGCCCACCUGAGGACACUGAAGGUAAUGGACAGCGUUUUCUACCAGAGACUGAACAGAGACGGAAUCUUGUCCACUGAGGACAUCAGACACAUCUUCAUUAACCUGGAGGAGAUCGUCCAGCUGCAUGUUUCAGUAACAGAGCAAAUGACAGCGAUAAGGAAACGGAGUGAGACGUCAGUGAUCGACCAGAUCGGAGACGAUCUUCUGUCAUGGUUCAGCGGUGAAGAGGAGGAGAAAAUCAAACAGGCCGUCGGUACCUUCUGCAGUAACCAACCGUCUGCUCUGGAGCUCAUCAAGACUAAGAAGAAGAAAGACCAGAGGUUCCACUUGUUCAUGCAGGAAGCCGAGAGUAACCGUCUGUGUCGACGGCUGCAGCUCAAAGACCUCAUUCCUGUGGAAAUGCAGCGACUGACAAAGUACCCGCUCCUGCUGGAGAACAUCGCCAGAUACACAGAGGACGGUGAGGACAAAGAGAAGGUGAAGAAAGCUGGUGAAUGCUGCAAGAACAUCCUCAACCACGUGAACCAGGCUGUGAAGGAGGCAGAGAACAAACAGAGGUUAGAAGACUAUCAGAGGAGAUUAGAUCUGUCCUCACUCAAACAGAGUGAAAACCCAAUGAUCCUGGAGCUGAAGAAUCUGGACCUGACCAAGAGGAUCAUGGUCCACGAGGGUCCUCUGCUGUGGAAGGUCAAUAAAGACAGAAAGAUAGAGCUUUAUGCUCUCCUGCUGGAGGACAUCCUGGUGCUACUUCAGAAGCAGGACGAGCGUCUGGUCCUGAAGUUCCACGGCAAGAACCCGGCGAGCGCUGCAGACACAAAGCACGUUUUCAGCCCCGUCAUCAAACUCAACACCGUGCUGGUUCGUCCAGUGGCCACGAACAACAAGUCUUUCUUUGUGCUCUCCAUGUCCGAUAACGGCGCUCAGAUCUACGAGCUGACGGCUCAGACGGUGUCUGAUCGCAGGAGGUGGCAGUGUCUGAUCACACAGUGUGCUGAGGCCAUGAAGGCCAAACCUCACAGCAGCGUCACAGCUGUGGUUCAGUCUGAGGCUGAACAAGAUGCCAUUGAGAUCAUCAACCACGGUAAAGAUCCCAGUGAGACGUCGUCAAGUGGAGAAAAAGACACCACCUCCUCUGCAGACAUCGAAGCCUCACCUUCGAGCAUCAACCCCUUCAACGGCCUGAAAUCAGAGGAUGAGGAGGAGGAGCUGACUGUGGCAGAGAGACAGGAAGAGGAGGAAGAAGAGGAGGAGGAGCUGGAUGAAGCUGAACUGGAAGCCUUCCUGGAUGGAAAGCUGGCAGAGAGACUGCAGCAGGAGGAGUCAUGUCGAAACCAGGAGGCUGAAGGACUCGGACUCGGACCUCCAACCUCCAAAGCUGAAGAAGCUCUGCAGACAUUGGCGUUGCUGAAGAAUACGCUUUUUAACCACAUGUUGAGCCGAGAGGCCGAGGAGGAGAAGGAGGAGACACUAGUGCAGAAAAGGAUCAGAGGGUUUGAACAGAAUGACUCCUCAGCUGAGAGUCCAGCGUGUCCUCCUGCUGCCUGUGAGGAGAACCAGUCGUCCACCAGUUCACAGAAGGACGAGCCACAGGUUUCCUCUGGACACACAGGCCUGAGUGAAACCACUGAACACAAUGGUGGGUUCCUGGUUCUGGACUUCAAUGUGGGUUCUGAGGAGAGCAGCACUGAUGACGACGGAGGUUUUGCAAUUGAUGCUGGGAUUGACAUGAGAAAACUGCUGUCCUCGUCUUCACAGACAGGGGGCACCGGCCCCAACCUCAGCAGGCAGCUCAUGACGCACCUGCGCCUCCUACAGGCUGACCUACAGCACCUGAAGGAGGUGGAGCUAAAGUACAAUGAGAUGAGGCAAAUGCACAGUGACCCAACAACCGACUCAGAGGACAACAAUGAUGGGAUUCAGUGAUGGUUCUGACCUCUUGAUCUUCUGGAACAAUCCUAGUGUUCCUCAGUCCAGACCCGCACUCACAGACUGUAUGACAAUCAGUGGAGACCAUGGUGUUUUUUUUCCUCCACUUUAAAUUUCUGAAACCAGCAGGGGGGGCAAUUUCCUCUGGGAAAAGACAAAAAAACGAUGGAAUUACCUAAGGAUAAUUCAGUCACUUUAUCGUCAUCAUAAUCUAAAACACUGGAUAUGGGAAAAAAGGGCAGAGUUGAGUCGAGUCGAGACGAGUCGUGACUUGUGUGGAAGUGGCACUGACGACCUCACAGAGACUUCGUCAGCGUGACUCCGUGUGGAUUCAAGUACGGUAAAAAGGCACUGCUGAAUGUCUGUCAUUAGAGAUGAUUAGAGCAAACAAAGAAAAAAAAGCACGCCAAACUGAAGUACAAUAUAUACAGCCGUUAAAGACACGCUAAAUCUGUAAGAAAGAAAAAACACAUCUGCUUUUUUUUCUUUUUUUUAAUCUGUUUCAAACGUUCAUUAAAUUGUACAGGAUGUCAUGAUCUUCAGUCUUCUUUAGCUUAACACUGCCACUGAGGAGAUUGGUUUGUCAAACAGCGCCACCACUGUUAUUGUUAAAUUACUACUGUCUAUGAAUAUUUAAAAAAUAAUGGAUGUGAAAGUUACCAUGUUAUAGUUUUAAGAGUUUUUUUCCAACUCUUUUCACCAAAAAACCUUGUGGAUUCAUUGGUUUACUUGUGUUCUUAUCAUCCAAUCACAGCCCUGGAUAUUUUUAAGUCAAAUAUUUUAAAAAAAGAAAGAAAUUUAAUUAAAAUUGGGUUAAAGUGAAAGAUGAUUGUUUGCAUAGAGUAAGAGAUUUUCUUGUUGACCCUGCUGGCCAAUCAUGGUACUGCACCUGAAAGUACAUUUUUAGUAGUAUGCCUACUCAAUGGUUCUCCUAAGUGAGGAAUUGAGAGGUGCUCUUUGUACCCCCCCCCCCCCCACACACACACCCUCCUCUUGGAAGUGGCCUCAGAAAAAACUCCUGAUAAUAUUUAAUCAUAAAUCAGUCAUUUUUUUUAACAGUUCAUGUCAAUAAUAUGUAGCAAAAA